AUGGAGUCCAAACUGGAAUUGCGGAGUUCUCCUGUGUUGGCACCACUAGAUCAGAGAGAAAGAGCAGGCAGGCAGUCAUGUGAACAUUAUGGCAAAAGGAAUUCAGUAGAGGCAGAGGUCAAGGCUGUAGAGCCAGAGGUCAAGGCUGCUGUUAAUGAGGCUGACCCACCCUCUCCCAUUGUUGAGACUGGACUCGGUGAGGUACAGACAGUUGUCACCACUGGAGCUUCCCUGGGUGAAGACGUCCCUCCCAGACAUUCCUCCUCGACUGAUGAGUCGCAUCCCAACCCACCCUCCACUGGCGGAUCCACCCCAACCUCCAAUGACGGAUCUACCCCACAUGCUGAGAUUCCUCUCAACUCUCCCGUUGACGAGCCUAGAGCUGCCACUGACAAGGUGACUGAUGGCAAGCUGCCAGAGACAGAAAGUUUGGUGGAGGACAAGACAGGAGGGGAUGGCUGUACGGAGACACAGCUGACCAGAGCUAAGGAGCGACCUACCCGCAAACGUAAGAGGCCAGAACAACCAUUCAUGACUUCAAAGAGACAGAAGACUGCUUUGUUUUCGCCGAUGGAGAUUGAGUUACAGUCCUUGGAACAGAUGUUUGCUGCCUUGAGGUUGUAGGCCUCUACUUUUACUUGUGUGACCGGUGCAUCUGACCCGAGACUACUGACAUUCACUGUAUGCUGUUUUGGGUUGGACUGUUUUUUCCAUAUGAUUUUCUACAGCUUGUCACACAGGUAUUUGGUACUACACCUCUU